AUGCCUGUCGUCUUUCAAACCAUCGCUGAGGACAUUGUCAACGACAUACGUCGCCUUAUCCCAGAAGUGGAAAAAAUCUCUGACAAGUAUAAUGCAACCGAAACGAUCCUGGAGGAGAUGGGAAACGCGCUGAAUAUGAGCCGAGUCAUCCACGAUCUUCUACCAGAAUUGGAAAAAAUUCUACAAGAUGAUGAUCUUAGAGAGACUAUCAAAGAAUUUGCCGCUUAUGUGAAUCUAACCCGGGUGGAGCACGAGUUUCUACCGGAAUUGGAUGAACUCAUGGUAGAAAAUAACGUUUCCGAGAUUUUAGAUGAAAUCGAAGAGCUUCUAAAUGUUACAGUGAUUGCUGAUAUACUAUUACCGGAAAUCGAAAGGUUUGUUACUCAUCUCUGAACUAAAGCUGGAUUGAACUUUUUAGUGUUUUCACAAAAGGUUUUAACUCGUUUCCAACCACCAUUUUCUAAAAUUUUCAAAAUUUUUCUUGAUUAAUUUGCUUACAGUUAGGUUAGGGGUUAGGGGUUAGGGUAGGGUUUGGGUUAGUUGCAUAUCAUAUCAUAUAUCAUAUAUCAUAUAUAGAGGAUAUUACACGGCAGCGCGAAGAUAUGACUUUUAUCUUCGAGUGGUGAAAACAAUAUUUUACGAACGAGCGCAGCGAGUGAGUGAAAUAUUGUUUUUAACACGAGAAGAUAAAAGUCAUAUCUUCAAGCCAUCGUGUAAUGUUCUGUUUAUUAUCUCAUCCAUGUUUAUUAUCUCAUCCAAAAUCUCAUCCAUGAGCGUUUAUGAAAAAAAAAGAAAAAACGACCUACCCUACCUACGUUAUUGCAACAGGAAUACCUAAUAGCAUGCUGCUUUAUAGUUUUUUGGAAGGAGAAAACAUCACUAAAAUCGUGAAAGAAGUUGAAAAAAUCAUAGACAUGACCGACAUUAGUGGAAAACUAAUCCCAAAUCUUGAGAAGAUCUUCGAGAGUCACAACAUCUCCCAAAUUGUCCAUGCCUUGGACGAUCUGCUGAACUUCACCAAACUAGCCAAUGAGAUCCUACCAGAGUUGGGGCAUCUUUUUGAAGAGAUCAAGAUCAAUGAUACUUUACAAGAGAUCCGAAAACUACUAAAUAUGACCCACAUUCAUGGUCUCUUGGAUGAACUGGACGAAUUGCUCGCUGAGGCUAAUAUAACACAUCAUGUACCUGAUCUCGAACCAUUCCUUGACAUCGGUAUACUUCGGUCGAAGUUGGACGAGGUUGAGAACAUCAUCGAUCAUUUUGAUGUUCACGGGAUCAUAGAUGAGAUCGAGAAACACCUGGAUGUGGAUCAUUUGAUAUCCCGGGUUCCUGAGUUUGAUGAGUUUUUGGAAGAUUUAGGCUUCACGAAGCUGGUGCAAGAUAUUAACGAAUUGAUCGAAAUGAGUUUUCUUGAUGGACCCGUAUCUGAUAUUAAG